CCUCGGCGGCGACGGCUGCGUGUCUAGUAGAUAGCGCGUGGCCCGGUUGUGCAAAGGGAAAGGAACGACUGCAGGGUGCACUUUCGCACUGUGCGCGUGAUCCAGCUUGCCUUCGGAGGGCUGUGCGUGUAAGCGCGCGCGCUUGUACAGACCGCUGGAGUAGGUUCAUCGGCGGUCAAUGGAGAGAACGGUGUGAAGCCUGCCAGCGCCGGUGGUGAAGAACGCCUAUAGCAGACGACAUUGAGAGAGGAGGUGGUGGUCGCAUUGGAAGCGCAGACUACGAAAGACGAGACAACAGGGACUCGGGUUAUUCUAUUGCCGUUUGUGUCGCGUGCACGCCACGUUAAUAUAUAUAUUUUUCUUUCUCUCCGUGCAACGACCGCUCCCUUUGUACUUCGCUCGUUGACGGAAGGCCCCGCAGCGGCGAGCGACGGCUUCCUUUACAAGCGCUGCGGAGAUAACGCCGCGCUGGCGCUAGCUUGGCACCGAACGCCGGUCCCUUAUUCGUCAGCGUGCCCCAGCGCUGAAGGCUCUCGGCAACUCCUACAAAGGGCAAUCGUGUUAUGGGCCAUGGACGGUGCCGUAGGAGCAUGCUCUGGGUCAGUGGAGUCCUGGGCUGCGGGUGGUCUUUCUGUUUGCUGACGACGGCUCUUCUAGCGCACACCGAGCAUGCGACCGCCAGGAGGCCCCAAAACCACUCGGAUCUGGCUGUCGGCGACGAACUACAGUCAUUCCUGUACAAAGGCAAGCCGGCGGGUUCCUUGUCGAAUGCGACGGUUACGGUUCCCUACGAGGAUGCGGACAGGCUCCUCCGGCCGCAGCCAUCGCAGCAGGAGGAGGAAGGAGCCGGAAAUGCCUCGUCGUCGUUCUCGUGGCAGCACCAGCAGCAGCUCGCCGCCACUCUGUCGACGUUGCCGUGCGUGCCGCCGUCCAUCGACGAGUUCCCGCGGGACCCGUUCACCCAGGAACAGCGGCUCCAAGGAUGGCUGGCCGUGCACUUCCUGGUGCUCGCCUACCUUUGCUGCAUGCUGGCCAUCGUGUGCGACGAGUACUUUGUGCCCUGCCUGGAGCGGCUGUCCGAUGCGUUGAAGAUAUCAUCCGACGUCGCCGGUGCUACGGUAAUGGCUGUGGGCACUUCGUCGCCUGAGUUGUACUCUGCCAUUAUUGGUUCCUUUGUCACGGAGGGAGACAUCGGCGUCGGCGCCAUUGUAGGCUCGGCCGUGUUCAACAUCCUCGGAGUCACCAGCGUGGCCGGCAUCUAUUUGCUCCACACGACAGCGCAGCUUGAGUGGUACCCAAUCGUGCGGGACUGCCUGCUGUACGUGGCCAGCGUCAGCGUGCUCGCAGCCAGCAUCUCUGACAGCACCGUCCAAUGGUAUGAGGCUGCAUCUCUGCUGCUGCUCUUCGGCGUGUACAUUCUGGUGAUGCAUUACAACCCACAGCUCAAAAGCCUGGCCAUCGCUCAGGUGGACGAGUUUGUGGCGUACAUCAAGUCCGAGAAGCCGGCGGGGCCCCGACCGGAAAAAAGCAAAUCCGCAGCGCCACCGGCCGCAGCCGCCAGCGCCCCUGCAGUGAGCGAGGUGGCGGCGCCCCUUCUGUCGUCCGCCAACCACGCCUCGCACUCUCCGCUCGAGCCCGCUGCUGCUGUCUCGGUGGUCAAAGCGAGGAGUGGUAGCCAGGCGAGAGUCGGGGUAGCCACCGAGAAGGGCUACGACGACGACGUCAGCGGCGGGGCGCAUCCGUUGAUGGGGCCGGACCGUCGCGCGCAAGGCGUCGCGGUUGACAUCAACGGCGAGACCGAGGUGAGUUUUGCGAGGCCCUCAGCCCCUUCGGAAGCCGGAUCGUCCGCCGACAAGUCCGGUCGCCGCGGAUGCCCGUCCCGCACCUGGUGGUUGGUCAUGCUGCCGGCGUCGUUGCUGCUUCGGGUCACAGUGCCGGACUGUCGGCGCUGGCCGCGCCUAUUCCCGCUCACUUUUGUCAUGGCCGUCGUCUGGAUAGGACUACUGUCCUACCUCUGCGCCUGGAUGGUCACCGUCAUCGGUUAUACUCUGAACAUACCGGAUUCGGUUUCUGGCAUAACCAUUCUUGCGGCUGGAAUCAGCGUACCUGAAAUCAUCACCACAGUCCUCAUAGUGAAAAUGGGUUUUGGCAAUAUGGCAUUCAGCAACCUGAUCGGGAGCAACAUCUUCGACAUCCUGUUCUGCUUGGGCCUUCCCUGGUUGGUGAAGACCCUCUCCAACUCCGGAGGCCGGCUGCGCAUCAACAGCGGCGCGCUCACUUACACGACGCUCACGCUGCUGGCCACCACCGUGCUCAUGCUAGUCACAUUGUGUGCCGCCAGGUGGCGCCUCAACUGGCGCGUGGGCCUCGUCUGCCUGGGACUGUACGUCGCCUUCCUAACGCUGGCGUGCUGCUACGAGCUCAACUACUUCGGGCCUUUCAACCCGCCCACGUGCCGAUAAUAACGCGGAGACCUCAGUUCGGACGCCUGCAUCACGUGCACUGUGCCGGUUUCAACUUCAUGCAGCAAGGAACCAGACUCGUUGGUGCAUCGUGUGCCGCUUCAUUCGUCCACGCGUUUCUUUCACAGCGCCUACCUCAGGUGGACCACGGUUACGCGUAUAACUUGUCACUGUAGGGGCGACGAUAAUUAUGGAUAGCUCCUCUUGAGCCGUGUUCAGUGCUCAUAGAGAGCUGAUGGUGCUACGUGACUUCAGUUGCCUCAGGACGUGCUCCUCAAAGACCUGCGACGAGCGUCGUGUCAGUUUGGUGUGUGACACCGAUCACGGUCGCGAUGACGUCCGAAUGUGCGUGCAUAAUUACGCGCUGUAGAGGUACUAACUAUACUCACUGGAAGCUGCGUGUUUGUGACCGACGGACAGUUUACACACGUUUGUACGCGCGUGCCGUGCACAAACGCACGGGGAACGAGCGCUUUACAUUUACUUUGUUAUACACCAUAAUUCGCUGUAUCCAAAGCGUGAUGUGAACGAACUGAGAGUAGGGAAUUGCUACGGCGGUGCAUUCACAGCUCGUGCCAGCUUCUCCGUCGUGAUACCGUGUCACUCAGUGCACACGCCGCAGUGCCCCUGUUUUUUUUUUUAAAAAAAAUAUCCGGGGUUGUAACACGUGCCAAAAACAUGAUCUGAUUAUGAGGCCCGCCGUAGUGGGAGGCUCCGGAAUAAUUUUGACCACCGAAGGUUCUUUAACGUGCACCCAAAGCAACAUGCACGAGCAUUUUCGCAUAAUGACCCCACCGAAAUGCGGCCGCCGCGACCAGGAUGGAAUCCGUGACCUGUGCCACUGUCUGCCUUGAACGCGCAACAGUGAUUAUGCUUAUUUUUUUGCCCUAUAGGUGACCAUAUGCGUGAUAUGGUGAAAACCCAUGGCCUAAUUCGCUAGCAUCUUCGUUCGUGACAAACAUUUUGCUUUGGCUGGCCACCUUCGCUGAAGUGAUCUUCACAAUCAUGACUUGUCCAAUACCCCUUAUUACGAACUCCACUGGUGUACGAAUUGCUUUGUGCAUAUGGUCAUUGAUAAUGAACCAUUAUGAGGUAACGUAUGUGGACCGUCAUUGUUCAUGGUGAUGUUUAGCACGAACGGAAGUAUUUGUUUUACUGCCUGUUUUUUCUCUUUCGUAUACAAGUUGAUAUAUGCAGUUGUGCUGAAGAGCACUCUCCUGGAAAUUCACUUGUCGGCAGAGUAGUUAUUUCCAAGCUACAGCGUUAGCAGUUCCUAUGCUUUGUACCUACAGGCAAGUGCUGAUUUACAAAAACAUGGAUUUAGUCGCGGUUUGCACUUGAUGACCAAGUCGGCGGGUAUGCAUUUGGCUUAAGUUAGUAAUUUUGUCGCUGCAUUACUGUCGUCACGAUGCGAACUAUAUAUCAGAGUUCUUGUUGCAAAUAAUGUUGUAGUGGUUAAAAAGCAGGUUUAACAUUUGGAGCGUGAGGUGUCGAGAAUUCUCGGUGUGAGUUUUCGUUCUCAUGGCACGUACAGCCUUCUGAGAACUGAAUGGUACUUAAGAACCAAAACGUGGUAAAGGUACUGCUAGUAUUGUUGGGUGAAGGUCGAUUCUAGACUACCAACCAAAGCACCGUACUGCCUGUUGGGAUAGUUUGGUAGAUUUGAGUUAGAUUUGGGUUCAUCCUCAUUGCAGUAAGGAUGAACCGCAUAUGGCGAAUAGAAUUACUUAGAUUGCAUUCGAGUUCGUAAUCGAAGAGAGCCUCUUGGCUCUCGUCUCCUUUUCACUGCCAUGCUAAAUACUUUGUUAGCAAUAUUUGUUACCUCGAUUUAAGUAGGUGAUAUUCAUUCAUAAAUUCUUAAUUGUCUCUUCUUAAACGUAGGUUUUAUGCUUACCGUAAUCUGACUACAAUUCAUGAAGGAGUUCUUUCUCUUUUCUGUUCUAUUUGCUUUCGAUACAAGUUCAAUGACAAACUGACCGUAAGACGCGUUGUGUUAACUUGUGAAUAUCAAAAUGAAGUCCAUCGUAGCACUUUCAAACGUAUAGAAUGUGUUUAAAGGUGAAGCAAGUAAUGACGAUAACAGUAGCAGCAUAAGUAUACAAAUAAAGCUUUUAACUAGAGUAAUAUUGUGUUAUUUUAACUUUUUUAUUCAGUUCCAGAGUACAACAACGAUAUUAUUUUCUUCGUUAGUGUUUGAGCAUGAAACCUAUGACAGUGCAACUAAUAAAACAUGGGGCCACUGUGGCGGAA